CUGUAAAGGAUGUCUCGGCUGUCCAUGAUGACUCCAACGAAAAGGCGCAAACUGAUUGCUGCUAUUAGCGCAUUUUGGAACCUUAUAAUGAUCUAUAUUGAGCUAGGAAUGGAGGUGAUCGAACUUUCAGAGCUAUUAAUUCGUAAUCCUAGAAUUGCUAGGCAGCCCGUAGAUAGCUACAUACUGCGACAGUUCGAGAGACAAAGGGUGUUCGACAAAUGUACAAAACUCAGUGAUACCGAGAGUCACAGGAAAAUUAGGAUGAACCGUAUCUUAUUCAAGAAGUUAUGUGAUCUUUUAGUUGCAGAGGGAGGGCUGAAAAAGACUCGAAACACUGAUGUAGAUGAAAUGGUUCUCACCUUCCUUCUGGCUAUAUCUCAUGACAACAAAAUUAGGAGUUUAGCAGUUGAUUUGAGGCGCUCUAUUGAAACGAUUUAUAGAUCGUUUCACCGAGUCUUACGGGCGAUUCUUAGACUCAACAAUCUUCUUAUGAAGAAGCCCAAACCCAUUACAGCUGAUUCCACCGACAAGAGAUGGAAGUACUUUAAGAAUUAUUUGGGAGCUCUUGAUGGAACCCACAUUGAUGUUCGACCAUUGAAGGAAGAACAAACUAAAUAUCGAGAUAGGUCUGAUCAUCUCACAAUUAAUUGUUUGGGUGUUUGUACCCCAAACUUAGAGUUUAUAUAUUGCCUAGCGGGAUGGGAAGGGUCUGCACACGAUACAAGGGUGUUGAGAGAUGUUUUAAAUAGGCCAAACGGGCUAGUUGUGCCGGAAGGAUGUUAUUACUUGUGUGAUUCUGGGUAUGGCAACAGCCCAGGAUUCUUGACCCCUAUUUGGGGGCCAAGAUACCACAUCGAUGUAUGGGGGGGGGGGGCAGCUGCCACAAACUGCCAAAGAGUACUACAAUUGGAGACAUGCUCAGGCUAGGAACGUGAUUGAGAGGAUUUUUGGAAUUCUAAAAAUGAGAUGGGCAAUUCUUAGGGAUGCAACUUGGUUCUCUGUGCCUGUUGUAUCUCGAAUUGUGUUGGCUUGUUGUAUUCUACACAAUUUCAUAAAGAGGGAGGAAGGGGCUGACAUUUAUGAAAGAACCUAUCGAGAUCAACAUCGCGAUAAUGUGCAGCAUGAAAAAACCGGAGGUGAUACGGCUGCGAACUUCGGCACUCAACCCACCGAGGCUUGGACUCAGUUUAGGAUGGAUCUGGCAAAUGAAAUGUGGAACGAUCGACCUGCGCGAUUCAGAACUUCAUCAUGAUUUCUCUGUGCUCUUGUGUAAUCUGUGAAAACUAGUAAUGGUGGA